AGGGCAGAAGACUAUGGUCCUGUGGAAGUCAUCUCACACUGGCACCCCAACUUGACCAUCAACAUGGUGGACGACCACACGCCCUGGGUGAAGGGCAGCGUCCCACCUCCCCUGGACCAGUAUGUCAAGUUUGAUGCCAUCAGUGGUGACUACUACCCCAUCCUCUACUUCAACGACUACUGGAACCUGCAGAAGGACUAUUUCCCCAUCAACGAGACCCUGCAGCGCCUGCCCUUCCGCCUCUCCUUCUGCCCCCUCUCCCUGUGGCGCUGGCAGCUCUACGCCGCCCAGAGCACCAAAUCCCCUUGGAAUUUCUUAGGAGAAGACCUCUACGAGCAAUCAGAUGAGGAGCAGGACUCGGUGAAGGUCGCUCUCCUGGAGACCAACCCCUACCUGCUGGCGCUGACCAUCGUCGUCUCCAUCGUCCACAGCAUCUUUGAGUUCUUGGCCUUCAAAAAUGACAUCCAGUUCUGGAACAGCCGACAGUCUCUGGAAGGUCUCUCCGUCCGCUCCGUCUUCUUCGGCGUCUUCCAGUCCCUCGUCGUCCUUCUUUACAUCUUGGACAACGAAACCAACUUCGUGGUACAAGUCAGCGUCUUCAUCGGGCUCCUCAUCGACCUCUGGAAGAUCACAAAGGUCAUGGAUGUCCGGCUGGACCGUGAGAACAAGGUGGCCGGAGUGUUUCCUCGUGUCACCUUCAAAGACAAAUCCACCUACAUCGAGUCUUCCACGAAGGUCUACGAUGAUAUGGCUUUUCGGUACCUCUCGUGGAUUCUCUUCCCC